AUGGCCAAUAGGAAAUACCAAGCAAUCGAACAAUACUGGCACCGAAGAGGCCCCUUCGGUGUAAUCAGUCGCGCCACCUUACGAACCCUCCAAUUCGUCUUUGCCAUCAUCAUCGCAGCUUUAUACGGCGUGGAUCUGGCCCAUGCAAGCAAACACCAUCUCCAUGGCCAAACUGAAUGGAUUUACGCCGAAUUCGUCGUGGCUCUCUCUGCUAUUACUUGCGCCGUGCACUGCUUUGUCACUGUUGUCCAUGUUUCGUGGGUAACUUGGGAUACCGUGUUGUUCGUUCUUUGGAUAGCGCAAGUGGGUGUCUUUGGAAAUAUUUACAUUCGCCAUGACUCGGAUGUCCAGCAGCCAUACGUCGAGUCUACUCAAUCAAUUACUCGAAUGCGUGCGGCGGUGUGGAUUAGUUUGAUCAAUAUGUUUUUGUGGCUUUUGACGACUAUUCUCGGUGUUGCGUGGUGUAUUCGCACGCGCAAGGUUACGCGCCGAACGGAUAAGGAUGAACAGGAACAGGAACAAGCUCUCCAGAGAUUGCGCGAGGAAGAUAUUGAAACGGGAAUUGUUGUUUUCGGAGAAGACAGAGAAGGAUAG